UUUCCGGCUGUUUGGAUUUUUAAGCCCUUUCAGCCUUUCUCCAUUGCUUGUGUGUAGUAGCUAGCGUUUUAUAGCGCUUUGCUGUGUUUGCAUUGGCAGAUUUAAUUCUGCUCUUCCUCGACUUUGCGUAUGAAGUGGGAUUUUGCUGUGAGUGAAAUUUUGCUGUUGGCAGUAAUAAAGACAUGAUGGCGAGGCCACCUGGAGGAACUUGGGAAAGCAUGGAGAGUUGUACUGUGAUCUGGGUCAGGUGUGAUCAGCAAAACUGAUUUUUAUUGUGAUACCAUAAAAUCAGAUUUGUGUUUUAUUUGUAUUAGGGUUUUUGAUUUGUGGUCUUGUAAAGAAAUGUUGAACUCAUAUUUGGCUGAGGAGGAACACAGGUGGAAAUGAUGGGUUGGACUGUUUGCUCCUGCCUUCCUCAGGUCCCGGCAGUGUGUGUUCUAGGGAUUUUAUAUGUGUAAAUGUAAUGUACUAGUUCAUCUUACUGCUGUGACAUGUUGCAAAAAACAUGUUUUCAUAUUUUUUUUCUUUCUCUCAAUUCAGAUUGGGGCAGAAAUUGCUGCAAGUGAGAGAGGAGUCAGAAAGGGACCUAGCCUAGGUUACUUCUCAAACCAGUUCUCCCCUGGUCCCACUUGGGUAGAAGAUAUAAGCCACUUCUCUUGGGGCCUCAGUGGUGUCUCCUUUUCUCUGACAUGGGACUGGAGAGAUGAGGGAGCUCCAGGGAGCAGGCAGCUGCGUAGGGGCUGGCUGGAGCAGCUGUGGAGCAGCCAGCACUGGGGUUUUCAGAGGAAACUCCAAAGACUGACAGGUUUUUUCCAGCCUUGUGCCCAGCUGGCUUAUAAUUGCUCUCACAGUGUCUCCACCCUGGCUUUACUCUGUCCUUUUAUAUGGCCCACAACUUGCUUACCUCCUCUCUUUUUGGCUUAAGUUUCUAAACAAGCCCAUUGGAAUUGAUAAGUAAAUAAAUGGUGGAUUUUGAAGUGGAUUGCCUUUAGCUGCUGUUCUUGCAAAUCAAAGUGGUCUUUGUGUUGGUGCAGGCUUCUUGGUAUCCUCUGCAGAGAGGCUGAGGAGGGAGGAGGUCUGGCUAGUGUGCCAAGGUGGAGCUUUCUAUUAAUUAACUACUGUUAAAAAAACAGUUCUGUGUGUUCAGAGACAGUGCUUGGAGAAUUUUUUGACGUGCAAAAUUAAAUUACAUUGGUAAUAAUCAGUGGUAAACUGAUGACUGUGAAAGUUGCUUUGUUUUGUGGCAAAUAUUGGACAGUGAGUAUUGCACUUUGGUUGGAGCAAUGUGUUAAUGUCACUGUAGUGAGCAGCUCUUACCUCUUUCUGAGGUUGGAAAAGACCUCCAAGAUCAUAAAGUCCAACAUUUGACUGAAUCCUAUGAUGCUCCCUAAACUAUGUCACCAAACAUCAUGUUUCCUUGUUUAUUGAACACUUCCAGGGACAAUGACUCCACCACUGUUCUGGUUUGCCUGUUCUAAUGUUUAGCCAUUCUGUUUCAAUGAAAGAAUUUUUCUUAAUAUCUAAGAAAUACUACUAAUAAGAUCCUAAAAAAUACUAAUUAAAUCUGUAUAAAAUAUAUUCAGUUUGAUGAAACUGGGAUUUUGGUGCCAGGCUUCCCCCUCCCAUGGAUUAUUUUGGUUGACUUUCCAUGGGGACCCUGAAAAGACGCAAGGAGGGGAAGGGUGGGAUGGUGUGAGUCAGGAUCUCAUGGAGGAGCACUGUGGAGCAGUGUGCCACAGUGUCCACCCUGCUUUUGUUGAUGAAUUUUUCUCAGUUUCACAAGGGACAAGAUCCUUGAGGUGAUCUGUUUCAUACCAUAUGUGAGAAUUUUUUGUAAGGGAAAGGUUACCUUGUGUUUUAAUGAUAAGGUGAUGCUUCUUAUCAAGCCUUUGUGAAACUAGUCCUCCUUGCUACAUCCUCAGCUCUGCAACACGUUCAUCUUUGUCAAUCAAGUUUUAAUUGCAAUUGAGCAUUAAUUCCUAUCUGUGUAAAUUCCGAUAUGUAAAUAAAGUUUCUUCAGCUCCUCAUUGGAGGGAUCUUACACCGCACUUGUUUCAACUAGCAUCCCCUCAGCAUCUCAGGGAAGUUUCAUGCUUUUCAACUAUGUGAAAUUUGGUGCAAAUGAAAGGAAGUGCAGAUAAAAUUAUAGUAGUAAUAGUAAAACACAUUUUCUUCUCCUGGACUACACUCCCACACAGUCUGGCUUUAGAACAUCUCCACCGAGUAGCAGCAAUUGCCAUCAGCGAAGCCCCCUCCCCUUCCCACAUUUAUUUCCAUGGUAACCCACAGAAGGCAUUCUGCAGCCUCAAAACUACUUUUGCUCUUUCAUCAUGCAAGCUGGCAUUGUCAAGGGCUGAGUGUAUUCCUACAGCUUUGAAUGAAUAUAAAAAAAAAGAAAAAGCCUGAAUUUGGCUGGGCAAUUUUUAUUUGGGAGGCCCUGCAGCAGGAAGGAACAGGCAACCUUCAAGUGGCUUAGUGUCCGUACAUUGCUUAGUAAGGAAAAAACAGUCUUGCUUCAUUAAUUGAUUAAUGGGGAGGGUGAAGGUCAUCAGAAUGGUCUGUGAAGCAAAUGCAGUGAUUUCCUGAACACUGGGAGCUGGCAGGCAAGGGCAGAUGGCUGGCCAGGCUGGGCUGGCGAGCUGCUGGUUGCCCUUGUUCUCCUUUUCAAAUCAAGUGUCACAUUGACUCCAGUCCUGUGUUGGAAGCAUGUGGGGAACUGCAGCACAUCAGCUCAGCACAAUGUCUCCAUCAGGCUGGAAGGAAGCCCAAAACCAAAACUGCGCUGGCCAAAAUGCAUCCUCUACAGAAACCCCAAGUACCUCCUAAGCCUGUCCAUCUCAAACCUGGGCAGGAAAGAAUUCCUCCUGCACCAUCUCGGCCUCUGCCAGCUGAUCCCAAGUCAUCAAGGAGCUUAGCACCUGGAGAGGAAGAAAUACCAAUAUCAGCAGGAGUCAACACGCUCAUUGAGAAAUUUGAAAGUAUUAGGCAACCUGUACAUAUUCUUCAAAGAAACCAGCUAAAUUUAGCUCUUAAAAUGGAACCUGGCCUGGACUCAUCCAAGCAGAUGAGCUUGUGUGACCGUGACACAGUGGCUUCCAGUGACUCUUCCACAAAUGACAGAACUGAAUUGGAUGAAACUGAGCCCAACAUACCAUGCAGCAUGGAUCUAACUAACACAGACAUAAUGAAAGUUAAAGACCUGAGCAUAUGUGAUAGCAAAAGCCAUGAAGACUGUACUGCUGUGACUUUGAGCAAAGAGUCCCAAGAAGAGCUUAGCAGUAAAGACUCAACUGCAGAACUGAAUGGGAGUGGUAAAAUUCCCAACAGAGACAGUGGCAUUGACAGUCCUUCUUGUAGUGUGGCUGGGGAAACAUUCCCCAGUGAAGAAGGGGCAGAGCAGAAGAAGCCCAGCAUGGCUGGGAACCCAGGAGAGAUGGAACCUGACAGAAAGGGCACCAAACCUUCCUCUGUGGAGCAGAAGAGAGACUCCACACAGGAUGAUGACAGUGACAUUGAUGAAGGAAGCAGUGAGGAGCAAGAGAUAGCAGAAGUGCCAAAGUUGGAGUAUUUGGAUGGAAACAAGUGUACAGAGCCCCAAAAGCUAUUCAACAUCGCCAAUGAGCUGCUCCACACAGAAGAAGCAUAUGUUAAAAGACUUCAUCUCUUGGACCAGGUUUUUUGCACUAAAUUGUCUGAAGCAGGAAUCUCAUCUGAAGUGAUAACAGGCAUCUUCUCAAAUAUUUCUUCCAUCUAUUGUUUCCAUGGACAAUUUCUUCUUCCUGAGCUCAAAACAAGAAUUACACAAGAAUGGAGCGUCAACCCACGGCUCGGGGAUAUCCUGCAGAAACUUGCUCCUUUUCUGAAGAUGUAUGGAGAGUAUGUAAAGAACUUUGACAGGGCAAUGGACAUAGUGAACACAUGUAUGCAGCGGUCCUCUCCCUUCAAAGAUGUUGUUCAGAAUAUACAGAAACAGGAGGUGUGUGGAAACCUGACUUUGCAGCAUCAUAUGCUUGAACCAGUGCAAAGGAUUCCUCGUUAUGAGCUUCUCCUGAAGGACUAUUUAAAGAAACUUCCAGAAGAAUCUCCAGACAGGAAAGAUGCUGAAAAGUCACUGGAGCUGAUAUCGACAGCAGCAAACCAUUCCAAUGCAGCCAUCCGGAAGAUGGAAAAGAUGCACAAGCUUUUGGAAGUCUAUGAGCGCCUGGGUGGUGAAGAGGAUAUUGUUAACCCAGCCAACGAGCUCAUUAAAGAAGGACAAAUUCAGAAACUUUCAGCAAAGAAUGGCACAGCACAGGAUAGGUAUUUAUUCCUGUUUAACAGCAUGGUGCUGUACUGUGUGCCAAAACUGAGGCUGAUCGGCCAGAAGUUCAGUGUCCGAGAGAAGAUGGACAUUGCAGGACUGCAGGUCCAUGAAAUUGCCAAGCAAAAUGUGGCUCAUACAUUUUCCAUAACAGGAAAAAAGAGAUCAUUGGAACUGCAAGCCAGGACAGAAGAGGAGAAGAGGGAAUGGAUUCAUGUCAUUCAAGCCACAAUAGAAAAGCACAAACAGAACAGUGAGACCUUCAGAGCUUUCAAUAGCUCUUUUUCACAAGAGGAGGAGCAUCCUCCUGAUUCCUCAAUAGCCAGCACCAGCUCAGUUGAAUCAAUGCCAGGAGCAGAUGGUGGUGGUGCAUUAGGAGGGAGUGAUUCUUCUAGGAAAUCUUCCAAAUCCAAGCGAGACAAAGAGAAACAGUCUUGUAAGAGCUGCAGUGAGAGCUUCAACUCCAUCACAAAGAGGCGGCACCACUGUAAGCAGUGUGGGGCUGUGAUCUGUGCAAAAUGCUCUGAGUUUAAGCCACUUGCAGAUAACAGCCGCCAUAAUCGCGUGUGUAAAGAGUGUUUCCUGCAGCUCCCAGCAAGCCCCUGCAGCCCUGGGGUGGAAGCAGUUGGGGAACAGAAGAAAAGACUAGCUGCAGAGAAGCAAAGCAUCCUUGUGGCUGAAAACAGCCUCUUCAGCAGCUACCUCCACUUCCUUGAAAAAGGGAAGACUUGGUACAAAAUGUGGGUGACCAUCCCCAAGAGUGAACCUCUUGUUCUGUAUCUGCAGGGAAGCUGCCAGGAUGGACGAAGCCUACGUCCAAUCCCUCUGCCUGGCUAUGAAGUCAGUUUACCAGGUUCUGGUGAGAAGUUUGAUCUGAAGCACGUUUUUAAGCUUUGCCAGUCCCAUCAAACUCUCUAUUUCAGUGCAGAAGAUGAAGAGCUGCAGAUGAAAUGGAUGGAAAUUCUCACCAAAGCUGCCAAAGGAGAGACUGAGGAUACAGCUGAAGGGCUCAGCAACCCAUAGAGCAAUUUCCAUUUAGUUUCUUUCCUACAUGCUAUAAACCAUCACUUGAAUUUGGUAUUCAUGGCACUUGGAAUCUGUAUGGCUUUAUAUUUUCAUGUGUCUGCAUAGGAAGUUCAGUGGUUUCUCACCUUUUAUUGUACAUUUUUCAAGUACAGUAGUUACCUGCCAUAUAUUAUAUUAAAGAAAGAAGUAGUUAUAGUUGUUGGUGGUGUCAAUGCUGGUUUUAAAACAAAAGGCAAGGAGCAAAGCAUUAAUUUUAACAAAGGUAAUGGAAAAUCAUCAGUCUUGUUUUCCUAAAUGUAUAUUUUCCAGUCCUUUUGAUUGCUGUUGAGUGCAGGAUGUGUAUAUUCUGUGAUUAGUUCUACAAAUGCUGCCUUUUAAGUUAAAUGUUGUAAAGGCUUGUGCUGGCCACUGACAUUCCAUUCUCUGCCUCACCCUCCUGGUAAGGUCUUUGUGAUGUGUGAGCAAUGUACUGAGUAUUUUCCUGUUGCUAAAACCAUGUCUCUGCUGUUUUGAGAUGAGCUGUUCAAAUGACAAAUAGUGUAGAAGGGACUUGUAAAAAUGACUGCAAGUGGUGCAGAACAGAACAUUAAGUCUCAUUGAUUUUAAGCAUUUGUUAUAUUGAUUGCUUUCUUCUGGAAACAAUACCUUCCUUCCUUCUAUUGGAACCCAUUUUGAUGUAAGUGAACAAACAUUUUAUACUGCAAACUGGGUUAUGAUCAAUAAACAAAAACAUUUUUAGUACAUACCAUA